GUCUCUCUUAUUAUAUUCACCAAACUCAAAUAAACAUUAAAAGCUCUUCACACUUCUUGUGGCUGCGUGGAUCUUUCUUCAGGCCUUUUCAUAACCAACAAACAAAAAAAUGAUGUAUUUCUUUGCUAACUUGGUCAGCAAGAGUUUUGACCGUGCUUCUGCGGUGUAUGUUGAAGAUGUGGUGGAUUGCUCUCGAGCCACAUGUGUUGAGAAUGGUGGUGACGACGAUGACAGUGGCUACGAUUAUGCUCCUGCUGCGUGAUUGUAGAUAAGAUAAUUUCGAUAUUAGCUUAGACCAUUUCUGUACUAGAUAGUGUGUUGAGUCUUCUUGUAGAUGAGCAAACAUGGUCUCCUUAACCACAAUCACUUUUUGUCUCUUAAUUUUUGAAGUUAUUAGUGUAACGUAGAUUUUACUAAAUAACAUUUUUCGUUUCCUAAUUUCUUAGUUGUGUCGAUAUUUUUCAUAGAUUUAGUGUUUUGUGGUUUAGUAUUCAGUUUCUUCACUCA